AUGUCGGCGACGAAAGAAAAAGGUAAGUUCCCUACUAGUACUACUACAAACUCACUCACACUGAAAUCUAAAUUAAAUUUAAUUAGUGCGGAGAGGAACGCCCCCAAUGCCAUGCCUGCCUCGCAGCAGGCUGGAAAUGUCCCGGCUACGUCCGACGAUGGAAGUUUGUCGACGAAACACCGCAGCUGGCGGAGCAUUACAGGGGGAAGAGGAUUAUUAUUCUGUCGGAGGGAGGAGGAGGGGGAAGGGGAGGAGGUCUUUCUUCUCCGUUGGCAUUUUCCGUCCACACCCCUGGACGACGACGAUGAUGACGACGGAGAACGACCGCAACGGCGCGUUCCUGAUACAGUGUAUGACAACAAUUCUAGAUGUCGACAAAGACAAUCAGGCUGUCUUCUUGUUCCCCCUGCGAUUCCAUGGAAGCUACCUCCAUUUCAUCCCCGCGCGGCUGGGUCGCAAUCCCGCGCUGGACGCGGCAGUCUCGUGCCUAUGCGCGAUGUACAUCGAUACGCAGGCGAAAACGGCCUCGACUCGCCGCACGGCGACAAGGAGGUAUGUGCAGAGUCUGCAGGCUCUCCGGCUGUGUGUCGAGGAUCCGCAGGUCCGGUUGCAGUCAGAGACGAUUUGCGUGUCGAUUCUGAUGCAGCUUUGCGAGAUAACGGCCGCUGGAACCAUCUCCUGCGCGGGACAAAAAUCCUCAUUCAGGAACGUGGCCCCGCGGCGUUUACGACUCCGUUUGAACGCGCGAUGUUGGAGUCGCAGCGGGCUUUCUUUAUUGCUCAAGACGCUAAUUCUGGAGAGAGGUGUUUUCUCUCCGAUGCGCCGUGGAGGGAAGUCCUGCGGCGACCAGCUGCAACUGCUCAAGAAGAGUUACCGAGUUUUUCUCUGCGAUCGCAGCUCUGCGACUUUGUUGUUGAUAUUCUGGAUCUAGUCGACGACGCGUCGAAAAGUAAUUCUCUUCAUCGACUCGACAGUGACACUCUACACGAGCGCAUCCUGCAUCGUAUCAUCUCCCUGCAUCACAGCCUCGAAGCGUGGUAUUUCAACCACUUGAAGCCCCUGCUUCUAUCCAGUAACCAGUCAAAGACGCAGACCGGAAGUACCGUCUACCCUGACAUCCUCCUCUUCGUGCUCGACGCCGUCAGCAACUCGGCUCUUGCGAUGCUGGAGCAGUGGUAUGCCAUCCUGGCAGCGGCGUCGCCGCAUCGACACAUGUUGUCAGACUCGACGAUCUGCUUGACCGAGACUUCGACUGCAAAUCGAGAAGCUGCUGCCCGCUCGUCUUUGGAUUUUGUCCGUCGUAAGGCUCCUGUGGCUGCGCAGCCGCUUGUGUUUGGGCUGAAGCAGCUGUCAUGCCGUCUUGACGGUUGUGAACGUGUCUGA